AUGACGCGGCUACCGGCGCGCGAGGUAGCCCAGCUGUGCGCACGCCUGCAGGCGAGUCAAGGCAGCGACGCAAAGGUGCAGCACGCCGUCGCGGAGGCCAUCCGCACACGUGUGCUCGACAGCAACACGCUGCAGCUCCUCGUGCAGCGGCUCGCACAUGCUGGCAACUGGCAACUGGCGUUGCGUGUGUUGCAGAGUAAGCUGCUUGACAGGCACCGUGUCGCGCGCGACCACAACGUGUGGCCGCUACUGCAGCGCGCUGCGCCGUGUGACGAAAGUAGACGCGCGGUGGAGGAGGCACUGCGGCUUCUGUACGCCCGCACGUGUGGGCCGCGCCGUCGGUGA